CACCACAAUGUCAAACAGCGAACAACUACACGCACUCAGCGCGGCCGAGGUGGGGAGGCGCACGGCGGCCGGAGACCUCCUUGUCGAGGACUACGCGCGCGCAAUCCUAGCGCAUAUCGACACGACCGAGCCCUCGCUGCGCGCAUGGGUCGUGUACGACCCCGCGCAAGUCCUCGCCUCGGCGCGCGCGCUUGAUGCGCUCCCGCCGCACAAGAGGGGGCCACUGCACGGCGUCGCGGAUAUCUUCUUGACUCAAGAGUAUCCGACCGCGUACGGGUCGCACUGGGCGGGGCAUCGCGCGCAGGCAGGGGUGGACGCGACCGCUGUCGCGGUCUUGCGCGGGGCUGGCGCGCUGAUUGUUGGCAAGACGACGACGACGCAGUUCGCCGCCUCGACGCACGGCCCAGCGACAGUCAACGCCGUCGACGCAUCGCGAACGCCAGGCGGCUCGUCCUCCGGCUCGGCAGCCGCCGUCGCGGCCUACCAAGUCCCGCUCGCCCUCGGCACGCAGACGGGCGGCAGCAUCAUCCGCCCGGCAUCUUUCAACGGCGUGUGGGGUUUCAAGCCUACGUGGAACGCCAUCUCGCGCGACGGUGUCAAGAUAUGUGCGGCGUGGAACUCGCUGACGUGCGACACGGUCGGGCUGUUCGCCCGGAGUGCGGAGGACAUCGCGCUGGCCUCGAGCGUCUUCGGGCUGUCUGACCCCGCGCCUGCGCCUGACGCGUCGACGCUGCGCCUCGCGUUUGUCAAGACCGGGGCGUGGGGCAACGCUUCCGAGGCAACAGUGGCGGCGUUCACGCGUGCCCGCGCGGCGCUGCUCGCUGCUGGCGCGCGUGUCGAGGACGUCGAGCUCGAGAGUUUUGGCGACAAUAACACGCAGUGGCACGACACGGAGCGAUACCGCGCCGUCAUCCACCCCGAGGGCGCGCGGGCGUUCCUGCCCGACUAUGAGACGUAUCCCGUGUCUAGCCGCGCGACGGAACGCGCGAAGCGGCUAGAAUCUGAUGUGGUCGAGCAGAUUGAAGACGGCCUGCGCCGGACCAACGACGAACACCUCGCCGCGCUCGACACGUACGCCCGCCUCCGGCCGCGUCUGGACAAGAUUCUAGAGGGCUACGACGCGAUCAUCACCCCCAGCACUACCGGCGUCGCGCCGCCGCUAAACGACACAAGGCACACUGGCAACUCGGUCUUCUGUACCAUGUGGACGGUGCUGCAUGUGCCCGUCGUCAAUGUCCCCUGCAUCACGGAAGACAGGCUGCCCGUCGGCGUGUCGGUCGUUGGAAGGCGGUACGGCGACGCGCAGCUGCUCCAGGUCGCUGCGGCGGUAGGGCAAGUGAUUGCAAAGGCCGCGUAGCAUGCAUGCAUCGUGUCGC